GAAUAUCACUCAGAUUUGCUUUCAGAUAAGACAUCGCUACGUAAUAAACUUUGAUAUUUACACAGAACAAGACGUUACCGCGUUCACGCGGUUUGUGGGAUCAAAUAAAGCACCCCAACCAAACACGCGUAACUUCUUUUUGUGUGCAACACAUGUAUUCUUUCCGCAACAAGUGUAGCAUACUCUUAGCUCCUAAAUUCUAUACUCGCUCCCCUGCUUCCUCUGUUUCCUUAUCCCUGUCCCUUGUUUGUUUGUAACACCAUGCUUGACCAAAACAUGGUUCUAGCUUCACUGUUUCUAUCUGUGCUGUUCAUUGCAGGCCUCAUAAACAUGUUCUUCUACAUACCUACCAACAAGAUUCCCGCGUGGCUUCAAAUCUUCUUCCCCAACAACAAUGCUUGCAAAACCAAAUUAACUGCGGCAUCAUCUUCACCAGCUGCGACCAAUGUAUUGGAGAGGAGUGAGCUCAGAAAGGUGUUUUCCACCUUCGACAAGAACGGUGACGGAUUCAUAACAAAGCAGGAGCUGAGGGAGUCACUGAGGAACAUGAGAAUCUCCAUGACAGAAACAGAGGUUGAUGAUGUUGUUGUCAAGUUCGAUUCUAAUGGAGAUGGGUUGCUCGAUUUUGAUGAGUUUUGCUUGUUGACUAUGGCAAUGAGUGGAGGAGAUGAGAAAGAGGGUGGUGGGGAAGAUGAAGUAGAGGGGAAUUUGAAGGAGGCUUUUGAUGUGUUUGAUAAAGAUGAAGAUGGGUUAAUUUCAGUGGAGGAGCUGGCUCUGGUGCUUACUUCUUUGGGAUUAAGGGAAGGGAAGAAGAUUGAAGAGUGCAGAGAGAUGAUUAAGAAGGUUGAUAUGGAUGGAGAUGGUAUGGUCAAUUUCAACGAGUUCAAGAAAAUGAUGAUCAAUGGAGGAAAGCUUGUCUUUGCUACAUAGUCCAUUACAUGCUUUGCUAGUCUCCCGGUCUUGCCCUCUGAGACGCUGCUCGCAUAAGUUUCUCCCUGAAAUUGAUUCUGACUUCAGAAUCAAUUGUAGAAAGGUUUCGGAAAAUGCAACUACUCUUACUAGCUUAUUCUAAAAUUACUUCUCUCUUAAAUGUGAAAAUCUAUUUUUAGCACACAGUGUUACUUUCCCUCCUACUCAAAUCCACCAUGAUAACUCGAAACACAGAAAAUGAAGCCCUCAUCACUGAAAGUCUGUGUGUAUUACAUGUAACACCACCACUUUGAAGAGAUACAUGAAAUGUAGUGCUUGCUUUGAUGUAAUAUGUGUGUAAUAUAUGUGAAUUCCUGACUAGUUUCCAAGA